AUGGCCGCCGAGAUAGGACGUGACGUCACGGCCCUCGCCUCCCGCUUUGGGCGCAUCCUCGAGGCUUUACCACCCUCCUUGGAUCCUUUCAGAAAUCCGCCAAGUACCGAUAGCAAAAAAAAACGUACUUUGAAACAUUUGAAUGAAACUUUUAACUAUGACGCAAAUGCUAAAUUGAAUAUGAAUGAUAUCGAGGUCAUUUUGUAA